AUGACCUCAUCAUACAAUCGAAUAAUAAUGAAAGUUAAAGACAUGUCCGAAGAUGAUCCUUCUAAUGAGGAUAACGUGCCCAUUGCUGUACAAAUAUUUUUAUGGAGGCAAACAACACCAUUUAUGCGACCGAGGUUUGGUAAAGUUCACGAGUCCACAUGUACGUUUUGCCAACGAGCUCCGGGACAUCACGAACUGAAAGAAGCAUGCAAGUCGUUUGAAAAAGUUCUGGUUCAGAAUCUGCGUUUUGGCCUGACAAACAAUCUUACAGAAGCUAUAGAAGCAAUCCCACGAUGGAGACUUAUACAGGCUGCAUUACCUCAUGUGAUGCAUGCACUUGCAGGACUUUUACACAACAGAGUAAAGGACAACAUGCAAACUUUAGGAAAUGUAGAAACAAAACUCCUAUAUACAUUGCAUUGGAUCAUACUUGAUGCAUCAGAUGAGUGUGCUGAUAAUGACUAUGAAAAUGGAAAAUAUUAUUCAAAUCCAUUUCACUACCUUUUCUCUAUACCUGCUAUGACUCUUUUUGUCUUCCUUUUUGCACCAAUUUCGCACCAUCUAAAGGAAUCGGACUUCACAAACAACUAUAGGCUAGAGAAUGGAUUAAAAUUGUGGCAAGCUAUGUGGGAAUUUCGACAUCCUGAUGCAGCUUGUUUUACAACACUCGUUAAACCGAAACCAAAGCCUCUGGGAGGCAAGUAUUCUAAGAGGCACCAACAUGGAGAUGUGUUUAUGGGCCGCAAGUUUUCAAAAGAGGAAAGUGCAGUUAAUGGAAGCCCACCAAGUCAAAAUGUAUCUGUAUCACAAUCUGAGGCUCCCUCCAAACAAGCUAGUACAGAGGAAGAGCCUUGGCUCUCCUCACCUAAAGACACUAUUUUCCCAGAAACAAUUCCAGAAGAAAGCUCUAGUACUGAAGAAGAACAUGUGUUUAUUUACCGUCUACCAUCUGAGCAAAACUUUAGUGGCGGCAAUAAAGGGGCUUAUACAAUAUACGCAGCUGAUCCAAGUAUAUUUCAAGUGCGCAGAACUGACAGUGUGAAGCCUACUUUACCUGGCAUCAAACCUUUACCACAAAUUACAAAAAUGAGUUCAUCAGAUAAAGAGUCUUUAACAGACAGCGGAGGAGCGCCCGGCUUGAAAGGCACUCCCACUUCUACCGAAAAAGGCACUUGCACCAAACAAAUACAACAUGUGUCCGCGGCAACGUUCCUCGACGUGGCAACAAUGCGGUGCUUAUUUGCAUCUCAGUGGCAAGAAGAAGGAGUUUAUUGGGCUUUGCAUUACUUAUACAAUCGAAUACGUGAUAUUUGCGAUGAUAUAUCCAAACAAACUCAGCCGAGAAAAAGGAGCAACUCCUUGCCUAUACCAAAAAUUGAAGUGUCCAUUUACCAAAGUCCCGAAAUAAAAGAGAGAGAUUCCUUAAAGAACUUUAUUGAAGUACCAGAAACAAUAGAUAUAUCGCCUCUAGCUGAAGUGCCUUUCGCCAGCACUCCGAAGUCAGACGAAGACAACAUAAUGUCUAGGAGAGCAAGCGAAAAAGUGAAGCGCAAAAUGAAAAUGGCCGACUUGAAAGCCUUUGUCGAAACCAAAUUACUGUCUAAGUCCGAGAAAGCGUUAGAGAAAAUCGGGCAUGACGACCAUAAAUUCAGUUUUCAUACUGCCGAAUAUCAUAGAAGCUUAGAUAAUAACGAUGAUAGGCCGAAUUCAGCUUUAGCAAGUAAUUUCCCGCCUUUAGCACCGCGCCUUACCGGCGAACUGCUGCCUUGUAAUCUUAUCAAAGGGAAAAGUAUGCCGAGUCUCAGCUGUCUGAUAGACGAGUUAGCAUCUAAUGGGUAUAUCGGCGAAAUUAAAACUGAGAGGGCACAAGGUAUUACUAACGUAAAACCUUCGAAUGCACAAAAGAAGAAAAACCCAAUAAUUACUGUGACGGAGCAUACUCCCACCCCAUCGCCUGAUUAUCUUUCAAAAACAAGACAAGGUUCACUAGAGUCCCAAAUGGAUUCAGUUAGUAUGCAAGGAUCUCAACACAUCCCUUCUCCGGAACGUAAGCCGAGCCUAACGCGUUCUCAAACAGAUUCAAACAUCACGUAUGUGGUGGAAGAAAUACAGGAAGCGCCUGGAUCCAUACACUAUAUCACUAAAGAUGGAGAUAUUGAUUUUCAAGUCGUUCUUAAGGCAGUAUAUUCUGUCUCAACAAUGGAUAGUUUCUACAUAACGAUAAGAGUAAUGGAAGUCAUGUUAAAUUUAGUUGAUACUUUAAUGGAAAUUGGGGUUCACAAAAACUGGCAAUCUGAUGAAAACCAGGACCCUCAACCAGAAACUGUUGAUCCACUGGCAGACUUUCAGAAAGACAAAGAUAGCAAGGAAAGAGAUUCAGGUAUACCGUGUGCGCAAAGUCAAGAUUCAACAAACGUGGAAGGCGGUGAAACAAAAGAAAAUUUAAAAGAUGAAGGGAAUUUCGACUGUCCCUAUUAUAUGCUAAUGUACAUAGUUCUAAGAUUACUCCGUCAAUUAGGCUGUUCUCACGGCUGUACUACGGCUCUGCGAGGGCCUCAAGCCGAAUGCCUUCGAGUGCAAGCGAAAAACUCCCUUAAGUUGUUGCGCUCAGCCUCUGUUACUAAAUUCACUUUACGUCUCAAAGAAAUGACUAAGUUUGCUCCAAUUAGGGAAGUGCUUGAUAAUCUCCAUGCUACGUUGGGCUAUUGUACUGAGCCGGCAUCUAUGGUGUCUCCUAUGAAUCAGCAAAAAAGAAACUUCGCAAAAUCACCAGAUAUAAGUAAUUUGCAAACCGGAUAUGCAACAAACUUCGGGGCGGGACAAGGGUCCAAUGCGAAUAGAGCUCUCGAAAACUUUAUAGUGGAAUCUACAUUCCGAGUUUUGGUUACUAGAUUUGCGCUAAUGCAUAAGGAAUUAAAACUGCUUGAUAACUCGGCUCUGUACGCGGAGAUUCGUCUCCUCUUAUGCUACGUGCGGGAAGCCCACGGCGGAGAGUUCCGGGUGGUCGCGUUCAGCGCACUCAUGGACACCGCGGAGAGACCCGGCUCGCAGCCGAAAGAGUCCAGUAUGCAGACGACGAGGGUUAUACGGCAUAUUCCAAGAGUACAAGAUGAUGAACGUGGCUCCGAUACAGGGGCGGACUCCGGGUGUGCAGCAGAUGACAGGAGCCAUAAAAAGUUCUUUAAAAAACGAAGUACUUCUUCAACUGGAGCUCAUAGCCUGCUAGAAACAGAAGGCGGCGACGAAUCAGCGAGUCAAUCCCCACUAUCAGUGCGCACUAGAAGAUAUCAACUAACGCCGAGACAGUCUGAGCGUACUAUCCCAUCUGCUUCCUCUACCGAUAUCACGCCACACCACAAGAUCGCACAUUCCAAGUCUAUACCUUCCAAGUUUUAUAUAAGCGGUAUAGUGAAUUGGUUCCGACAAAAGCCGCAGUCGCAUUCGCUAAUCCGUAACGGCGGUGGUUCCGGCGAGUCCCUGCCCAUAUCCGGCAGCAUGGCGUCCCUGGCGCGGCCCUUCCACGCGCAGCACGUGCACGUGUCGCGCCCCGUGCACGUUAAACGACGUGUCGGGUACACUUUGAAUAGGGCAAGAAAACGAGUGGAAGAUAGGCUAAAUAGAUUUGGUUUGAGGAAAAUGGGCAAAAAGCGUGAUGGAAGUAUAGAAGAGACAACUGGAGGAUAUAUGUCACGACGAGGGUCAGCAGAAGGUGGUUCUGGCGGAGGGGAAUCAGAAGUAGUAGUACUAAAACGUCGAAGACUAGUAGCUGCCGCGCCGUUAUACGCUGGACUCGCACGGUUUAGCUUUAUACUAGACGCUACGCAACCCGGUGCUACACCUGAUGCUCUGUUCAUGGCUGCUUUGUUAGAUUUACCGCAUACGGUAGUCGUAGCAAGGGCAGCCAUGCUGCUGGAAUGUGCACAUUUAGUACAUAACUGUAACAAAGGACAAUGGCCAUAUUGGCUUAAAUCUAACAUGGCCAAAAACCCUUUGUCUUCAGGUCCCCUACAGUUGAGGAGGCAACGAUUAGCGGGAAAGCUUUUCUAUCAAUGGGCUGAAGCAAUAGGGAAUAGAUUAGAAGAAAUGCUUAACGAAGAUAGAAAGCAUAUAGAUACAGUUGUUAAUUUAGUUAAUGACCCUGAUGGUCAGCGAGAACUUCUGCAGCAAGACGAGGAGGAAGACUUCCUAGACGAAGCGAGCAUCCGGCUGCCGGGCAAGACGCUGGGCGCGGAGUGCCCGCGCGCGCUGCGCAGCGUGGCGUGCGUGCUGCUGUGCGAGAUCACGGCCUUCCUGCGCGAGACCUACCCCGCGCUCCCCAAGUCCUGCCGCUCCUCGCUCAAGGAGCGCGGCCCCUGGGACCGCGUCUACAGGUGGAUGCAAAAGCGGAGACGUUUAUUGUGUAAUAAUAAGGCUCUUAGCAGUCAACACACAUUAAUGCCAGUCGAAGAGGCAAAUAGAAGAUGGAGUAUGGCAUUAUCUAGUAUGGGACACUCUCAGGCGUCGGCACAAAGCUUGCAAUCUAUUGCUGGUGCGGAGACUGAGAGGAAAAUAUCAUUUGUUCUUCACGAACCGGAAAAUGUUUCUGGAGGGAGCAGUGUUACGCUUCCAGAAGCUCUUCCAAGUGGCGACGACAAGAAAUCCCGUCUAGGAUCGCGUGGCAAAGGUAUAGCUCGCAGAAACACACAGCAACAUGCCGCAUAUGGGUCUUUUAAACGACGCUCUAUUAAAUUGCGGCAGAAAGAUGCACGAGAAGUCGAUGAAUUUGUGAAUCGAAGAUCUGAUUCUAUACAAAGUAGAAGAAAGGUUUCAUCUUUAUCGGACAGAAGUGACACAUCAGAAGUUUAUCCAGGAACAGGAGGUACAGUGAUAAUGCCAAAUGAAGUGGAUAGUGGCGGUGAAGAGAGUCCGGGAGUGCUGUCCGACGACCACGACCACCCGCCGGAUAGUCCCGAUAGCAAUUCUACGGAUCUUCCCGAUACUAGCAAGAGCUUUCCUUGGCUUAAGGUGAUUGUAAAAUACCUGAACUCUUUCAACUACGUGUGCUGCCAUCAAAACUUCUGUCAUCCGUACUGCUUCCGGCGCAACAUGCGAGCUACCGUCAGGCUUAUGAAAUCUGUACAGAAGAUCUACGGCGAAAAAUUCGGUCCAGAAAUAAAUACUACAAACAAUGAGGAAGGUGUAGGAGGUGUGAGAAGAGGCAGGCGAGCUCGUAAGCCUUCCGAACAUGCUAGCGAUAGAAUCGACCGAUCAGUAAUAGAGAGCGCGGGGCUCGCGUUCCGCGCGGCGGCCGGCGAGCCCUGCGCGCCGCCGGCGGAGGCGCCGCCGCCCGCGCCCGGCGCCCUGCCCUACCCGCCCACUGAGCCGCCGCCCAUACUCAAAUAUAUUAAGACUCAGGUGCGCGACGCGUACCACGCGCCGGUGGCGGCGCUGGUGAAGGGCGCGACGACGCUGCCGUCGGACACGUUCGCGGAGGCGGCGGGCGCGGCGUGGCAGCUGCUGCUGGAGCCCGAGCGCGAGCUCAGCGCCUGCGCCGCGGCGCUGUUCGCGCUGGCCGCCGUGCGCGCGCCGCCGCAAGCCGCGCACGUCAUGCAGCGCGCAUUGAAGAGCACUGAUCCUGCACAGCGAAUAAACGCUAUACUACGAUUUCAAGUAAUGUGGAAGCUCAGAUACCAAGUUUGGCCGCGGAUGGAGGAAGGCGCAUCUGUCACAUUUAAAGUACCUCCACCUGGAAUCGAAUUCACUCUACCUUCGCCCAAAAUUGGAAUUGAAUCGUUAGCUGUUGUAGACCCGCCAUGGAGCCCACAAGUUAAAGAUAAAGAUAUGGAGAUGACUCUAAAUCAGGAAAGACAUCGGUCACUGGUAACAGCAACAAAGACACGUAAAAAGCAACAAACAGAAGCCAUCAAGAAAGCGCUCCAGCAACGAGACGACAAGAAGAAAGCUGAGCGCGAGAGUUUCCUCAUAACCACAAUACCGAUAACGCGCCAGGCCGCGAGGGAGCCCGCGUUAGAUCACGCGGCAGACGACCAUGUUGAACCACCAGCAGAUGAGGAAAUGGCAGAAGGCGUCCGCGGCUCGCAUCACACACAAGUGGCGUCUGCUCUGUUCCCGUCCGUGCUGUGCUCCGCCGUGGCAGAGAUCAUAUCUAUGUUAGACGACGUGGCCGUCUCAAGGGAGGGAUGCUCCGUGUAUGAAGUUGCUUAUCAGGUAAUAUGGGGGUGCCUGGUAGAAGACUCUGCGCUGUUCCUCCGUCACGUGCUGGAGCGGUUGACGCGCGACCACCAGGACGAGAUGUUCAAGCUGCUGCGCCACCUCAUCCGCUUCAUCCCGCGCCUGCCGCAGCAGGCCGCCUUCGCGCUCUACAACUACAUCAUCGGCUACGUCAUGUUCUACGUGCGCACGCCGCACGAGGACGGACAGCGGCUGAUUGGGGCUGCCCUGUCUAUCUUGUGGAUGGUCGUACACAGCGUUCAUGGAAUUAUGUUCAAAGAUUUGAAGCAAAUACUGCGCAAAGAACAAUGUGACGCGUCCAUUUUGUUGACGGCCAACGUUCCCGCUGCUAAGAAGAUUAUUGUACACGGACCUUCUGAUAACGAAGGCAGCAUACCGUCGCAAUUUCCUGUACAAGAAGAUACUCAGUUUUGUCAAAUUCUAAGAGAGUCAUUAGAUUAUUUUGGAAUUCCAGAACGUUUACAUAACGAAUAUUUUCUAGUUGAUUUCAAAACAAGACAAAUUCACAACCCACAAAGCUACGUACGUGACCACUACUUCUUCAAACGCUCUCAAUACCCGCAACUUGGUCUCGUUCAUAUGGAGCCAGAGGAAGCCUUCGAAAAGUUACAACAACAGGAAUUAUUACAGAAGUUCGUUGAAAUAGGAAAAGUUUUACUUACAUGGGCUAUUCUGAAAAAUGUUGAUAUGGUUGUCCAGCGUGUAGUGUUUCUGCACGACGAGCUGAUGAAACUCCCAUCUUUCCCGCGGAAAGCUUUAGAAGCCGACUUGGCUUUGUACAGCCGGGGACCGCUAGGCUCUACAUUACUUGGAUUGGAUGUUUUGCAUAAGUUUAUGUGGGUGCGUCUAAUAGCGCGCAUGUUCGAGGCGAUGGCGGGCAACUUCACGUCGUCGCGCGACAUACACCUGUUCCUCAACGUGCUGAACGGCGCGCUCAUGCUGCACAGCGAGGACUCCCUCAUCCUGCGAUACGUUAUAGCCACAUAUGUUAACGCCGCUUUUAACUUUAAAAAUAUAUUUUCUACUAAUGGAUAUCUUCUUAUAAUGCCAACACUUCUACAAAUAUAUUCAAAUUUCCAAACAAACAAACUAGUUACGACCACAAUAGAGUAUGCUGUGAAACAGUUCUACUUGCUCAAUAGGAAACCUUUCAUAUUACAAAUGUUUGGUUCCGUAUCCGCCAUUCUGGAUACUGACGAAGAAGCUGCAUUUGGAGAUGCCAGCAAGGUGCAAUCUAGCUGCUUAUUCAAUCUGUUACUAAGUCUCGAGACGCCCUCCCCCGAUCCUCUCCACAUAGCAGAACUCAUAAAGGAGGAAAAGCCAUUGAAACCUAUAGAUUUUUGCUAUAGAGACGAGGAUGAGAUGGUGAAUGUAUUGGAUUGUAUCAGUUUGUGUGUGAUGGUGGUGUCAUAUUCUGCGGAGAGUAUGCGAGGAUAUCAAAUGCUGAUUAUAUUGGAGGCUAUAUUACCAUGCUACGUUAAACAAAUACAACUACCCACGUACAAUAGAGAAGGGAAAACGGAGAAGGAAAUAAUUCAACAACUAGCUAUAGCUAUCAAGACUUUGGUUAACAAUUGUGAAGGUUUAUCAAAGUCGUACAACGGGCCGUACCGCACGACGCCGGAGCACAAGGGGUCGUCGCAGCGCGGCUGCGCGCGCGCCGCGCCCUUCCUCGCGCUCGACCUGCUGGACGACGAGUCGCACUCGCGCUACGUCAGCGACCACUCGCGCCUGCCGCCCGCGCCCGACGCCGCCGACACGGAGGACUCGGAGCUGGUACGCGCGGAGUACCGGCGUCCGCGCGAUGUGCUGCUGUCGCUAGUGGGGGAGUUCAUCGGGCGCGCCACCACGCGCCUUCUGGAGCUCAACGGGUCGAAGGGCAGCGGCGGGUCUGAAGGCAAGCCGGUCGAACUGUUGGAUUCUAAGUCCCAUGCGCGUUUAGCCGAAAUAGCCCACUCCCUAUUAAAAGUAUCGCCCUACGACCCGGAGUCGAUGGGAUGCCGCGGCCUCCAGAGGUACAUGACGCUAGUGCUGCCGGCAGCUGAUUGGGCUGACGAUGCCUUGAGACCGGCUUUGAAUAUGAUAUUAAGAAGACUGGACAAAGUAUUCUUGAAAAUCGCUAAGAAACCUAGUAUACGGAGAAAUACAGAUUGGGAUUCCGCUGCAGUUUUAUUAAAGGGUGUGUAUGAAACAAUGAUCCGGUGCCCCUACAUCAUGCACUGGCAACAAGUGAAAACAGUUUUAAAUACUGUACAGGCGUUGAUAGUGUCGGAUUGCAGUGUAGGUGAGAACUUGUCGUCGGCAACGGCAGCGUUGAUGUCGCAACCGCCCCCGCCUCACUUCUGCAGCACCGUCGUCAGGCUCAUUGCCUUACAAGUCAUUAAUACUGGAGAUAGCUAUUCCCUUGAGCAAAUGUGUGGUGGAAGUGCCAUAUUUCCUACGGCUGAAAAAACAGAAAAUAUGCUUAUGAAUUUGUUUAUGCCACUAUGUUUGCGAGUCGGUAGCGGCAGGAAAGACGUGCCGCCGCUGCGGCAGUCGGACGUGUCGUACCUGGUGUCGGCGGUGGUGGGCGCGCUGUGCCCGCCCGCGCCCGCCGGCCAGGCCGCCGCCGCCAACGCCAAGCUCACGGGCGACGCGCGCGUCAACUCCCUCACCUUCACCGGCAGCCGCGACACCAGGAACACUACGCGCCUAUCGAACCAUUUGUAUAGGAUCGCGUUUUUGGCACUGAAGGUCCUGUGCGCGUGCUUCACGAGCGAGCUGUGCACGGAGUGGGGCCGCAUCGCGCGCGCCAUGCGCGAGCUGGGCCGCCGCAACGAGGCCGCGCACCACCUGUGGGACUUCCUCGAGCACGUCGUCACCUACCGCACGCCGCUCUACGUGCUGCUGCAGCCGUUUAUUGUGCACAAGCUGUCGCAGCCGCCCAUCGGCGACCACGAGCGCCACAUGCAGUUCGUGGUGCGCGAGCGCGUGCGCGGCCUGCGCCUGCCCGCGGCGCGCGCGCGCGGCGCGCUGCUGGCCGAGCUGGCGCGCGAGCUGCGCAACAUGCGGGACGCGCACGAUACUUACAAGUUUGAGCAAAUAGCGGAGAACCUGGGCGGCGGCGGCGGCAAGCGCGCGUCGGAGGCGGCGCCGCGCGACAAGCAGCAGCACCGGCCCUCGCUCAUCAGCAUGCUGGUGGGGCGCGCGCCGCGCACGCCCGACCACCCCGCGCCGCUCUCCGCGCCCAGGGAAUCACUGUCGAGCAGUUCUACAACAAGCCAGCCGGUGUUCGAUUUACUCUCCAACAAUAAUGGCCGCUACAGUGACAAUGCCAACACGAAUAUUAACACAAAAGCAAAUAUCGGUACAAUCAACAAUAAUUACGGGGUUGAUCAGAAAUCCACAGUCAGCACACCGCCAUAUGGAAAUAUCCAAACUAAAUUACGCUUUAUGUCAUCUGUUGAGUUCAAACUCACUACAGUUCCAGGAGAGCCCGCGACGCCGCUGUCGCCGGUGUCGGCGCAGUCGGCCGAGGACGAGCCCGAGGACGAGCGGCCGCGGCUGCAGCGCGCGCAAGGACCUUCCAAGAAGGCUUCCAAGUUUAGGCGCAGUCGCAAUGCUAAGCCUGAGGCAACCCACAUACGCCUGGAGUCGGACGAGUGCUCGUCGCCCGGCGGCGAGGGCACGCCGCGGCGCGCGCGCUCGCUGCACCCGCCCGCGCUGCUCACCGACACCUCGUACGACAGCGAGAUAUCGCAGACGUCCUCCACUUCGGGAUACAGAGAGAGCUACAGCCUGCAGGCGUCCAUGUCGGAGUCGCCGGGCGGGUCGGUGCGCGCGCGCAGCGAGUCCGCCACGCCGCACGUCUCCCCCGACGCAUCACUAAGCUGUGAAUCAGCGACGUCGUCGGCAGAACGUACGGCUCUACUGGGCGCGGCCAGCCAGCGCUCACUCCUACUGAGCAGCGAGCUGAGAGACGAAGACACGCUGCUA